AUGGUGAAGAGGAAAAGCCUGGACGACACCGAGCAGGAGUGCGGGAAGGGAAUACCGUUCCCCAUCCAGACCUUCCUAUGGAGGCAAACCAGUGCAUUUCUACGUCCAAAGUUGGGAAAACAGUAUGAGGCAUCUUGCGUGUCCUUUGAGCGGGUGCUGGUGGAGAAUAAGCUCCACGGGCUGUCGCCGGCCCUGUCCGAGGCCAUCCAGAGCAUCUCGCGCUGGGAGCUGGUCCAGGCUGCCUUGCCCCAUGUGCUCCACUGCACCUCCAUUCUGCUGUCUAACAGGAACAAGCUGGGCCACCAGGACAAGCUGGGCGUGGCGGAGACCAAGCUGCUCCACACGCUGCACUGGAUGCUGCUGGAAGCCGCGCAGGAGUGCAACCACGAGCCCAGCCUGGGCCACGGCUGGUCGGCCGGCAGCAGCAGCAGUGCCUUCCUCCAGCCCAUGGGCAACCAGGGCUCAUCCCCGGGGGCCCCUGGCUCCGGCUCAGGCUCGGCCCUCGGCGGGUCAGGGCCACAACACAGCGGAUCCCUUUUAGAGGAGGAUGAGAACACCCGGACCAAGCUGUUCCACAAGAGCAUGGCCACCGUUGAGCUCUUUGUGUUCCUGUUCGCGCCUCUGAUUCAUCGGAUAAAGGAAUCUGACCUGACCUUCCGAUUGGCCAGUGGUCUGGUCAUAUGGCAGCCAAUGUGGGAGCACCGCCAGCCUGACAUCCCCGCCUUCACUUCACUCAUCAAACCUGUUCGAAACAUCGUGACAGCUAAAAGAAACUCCCCAGUCAACAACCAGUGCAGCCCGUGUGGAUCUGGCAACCCGGGCCCCAUGGGCUUCCAGGUGGUCUGCGAAGCCGCCCAAUCAGAUUCCUCCUCCCCGGGGGCUGGUGAGCAGAGCUGUCGUCGUGGUAACUCGGUGGAGAAAGGCGGCCCUUCCCAGCAACCCCCACAGGUCAAAGGGCUCUCCAAGAAAAAGACGUCCGCUCCGCCAGGCUUGCCCCCGUCCCUGGCCCAGCGAGCCCGCUACGCCACCUACUUUGACGUGGCGGUGCUGCGCUGCCUGCUGCAGCCCCACUGGAUGGAGGAAGGAGUGCACUGGGCGCUGAUGUACUACCUGCAGCGCCUGAGGCAGAUCCUGGAGGAGAGGCCCGAACGCCCCCCAGAGCCCCUGGUCACGCCUCUGCCCCGUCCCCGCAGCAGCUCCAUGGUGGCCGCCACGCCCUCUCUGGUUAACACCCACAAGACCCAGGAUAUGAGUCUGAAGUGCAACGAGGAGGGCAAGUCUCUCAGCACGGAGACUUUCACCAAGGUGUCUCUGACCAACCUGCGCCGCCAGGCAGUCCCAGACCUCUCCUCCGACCUGGGCAUGAACAUCUUCAAGAAGUUUAAGAACCGACGUGAGGACCGGGAGAGGAAGGGCUCCAUCCCCUUCCACCACACAGGGAAGAAGCGCCAGCGCCGCAUGGGGGUUCCCUUCCUGCUGCACGAGGAUCACCUGGACGUCUCGCCCACCCGCAGCACCUUCUCCUUCGGAAGUUUCUCCGGCUUGGGCGAUGACCGGCGGGCCCUGGACCGCGGGGGCUGGCAGGCCACCAUCAUGGGCAAAUUCACACGGAGGGGAAGCACAGACACGGCUGCAGAUGCAGACAGCCUGAGCGCCAAACAUUCUCACUCUCACCACUCUCUGCUGAGAGACAUGCCCGACCACUCCAACAGCCACAGCGAUAACACCGUCAAAGAGGUCCGCUCUCAGAUCUCCACCAUCACCAUGGCAGCGUUCAACACCACGGUGGCGUCCUUCAACGUGGGCUACGCCGACUUCUUCACCGAGCACAUGAAAAAGCUGUGCAACCCCGUCGCCGUGCCUGAGAUUCCCGUGGAGCCGCUGGCCUGCGCCAACCUGCCGCGCAGCCUCACCGACUCGUGCAUCAACUACUCCUGUCUGGAGGAGGGGGAGAACAUCGAGGGGACCAAUAACUUCAUACUGAAGAACGGCAUGCUGGAUCUCACCGCGGUCCUGCGGGCGCUGUACGCCGUCCUGAGCCACGACAUCAGCUCCAGGAUCUGCGACGUGGCCCUCAACAUCAUCGACUGCCUGCUCCAGCUGGGCGUGGUUCCCGGCAUGGGCAAGAAGCUCUCCAAGCCCGACGACAAGGAGAACCAGGAGGCGCGGCCCAAAGACCCGGCGGCUGCGGGCCUGGCGGGAGGCGCCCAGGCAGGCGGGGCGGUCCCAGGAGCUGGUGCGGGCGGGGGAGGAGGAGGAGGAGACGGAGGCGGAGGUGGAGGAGGAGGAAGCGGGGGAGGCAGUGGGCAGGGCAGCAGGGAUGAUGUGAAGAAUAACAAGGAUAGUGACAGCAAGGAGGGCUCUGGCCUCAGCACCCACCGGCUCGCCCUCACCAUGCUGAUAAAGAUCGUCAAGUCUCUGGGAUGUGCCUACGGCUGCGGAGAGGGACACCGCGGCCUGUCAGGAGACCGCCUCAGGAUGCAGGUCAGACCUCCUUCUGCCCAGAACUGCCUGACCAACCUGUACAAGCUGGACAAGCUGCAGUUUCGUCAGACAAUGAGGGAGUACGUCAACAAAGACUCGCUCAACAACAUUGUGGACUUCCUGCACGCGCUGCUGGGCUUCUGCAUGGAGCCCAUCACUGAUAACAAGGCGGGCUUCGGGAAUAACUUCACCACCGGGGACAACAAGUCUCUGGCGCAGAACAUGGAGGCGGUGGUGGUGGGCUGCAUGUUCAAGUCCCUGAUCACCCGCUGCGCCUCGACCACGCACGAGCUGCACAGCCCCGAGAACCUGGGUCUCUACUGCGACAUCCGCCAGCUGGUGCAGUUCAUUAAGGAGUCCCAUGGCAAUGUGUUUCGCCGGGUGGCACUGAGCGCGCUCCUGGACAGCGCCGAGAAGGUCACCACCACCAAGAAGCCCGAUGAGAAGGAGGAGCCCAAGCCAGCCGGGCCGAGGAGGUCAGAGGCGGGUACGUCGGGGGACAAGGGUCAGACGUCCAGUGCUGCAGAUGAGUGUCGCAGUUACAUCUCCAGUCGACCCCCCCAGACCCCUGAACAUGAGGAGCAGAUCCCGGGCGCUCUGCUGGGCAGGAAGGAUUUCUGGAGGAAGAUGUUCAAGUCGCAGAGCGCCGCCAGCGACACCAGCAGCCAGUCGGAGCAGGACACCUCAGAGUGCACCACCGCCCACUCCGGGACCACCACCGACAGGCGCUCUCGCUCCCGGUCCCGCCGCAUUUCCCUCCGCAAGAAACUGAAGCUGCCGAUAGGUAGGUGUAACUGGCUGAAGCGCUCGUCCCUGUCGGGGCUGACUGACGGUGUGGAGGACCUGCUGGACAUCAGCUCGGUGGAUCGUCUCUCCUUCAUACGGCAGAGCUCCAAGGUGAAGUUCACCAGCGCGGUGAAGCUGUCAGAAGGCGGCGCGGCGGGGCCCGAGUACGGCAGAGACGAGGAGGAGAAUUUCUUCAAGCGGCUCGGCCCUCACGGCUUCCAGGAGCGUCUGGCAGCCAGUCAGGAGGCGAUGAAGAACAAGAACGUGGUGAACCUGGGCGCCAUCCGACAGGGCAUGAAACGCUUCCAGUUCCUUCUGAACUGCUGCGAGCCGGGAACCAUUCCUGACGCCUCCAUCCUGGCUGCCGCCCUCGACCUGGAAGCUCCGGUGGUGGCCAGAGCCUCCCUCUUCCUGGAGUGCGCCCGGUUUGUCCACCGCUGUAACCGCGGCAACUGGCCCGAGUGGAUGAAGGGCCACCACGUCAACAUCACCAAGCGGGGGCUGUCCAGGGGCCGGUCGCCCGUGGUGGGGAACAAGAGGAACCAGAAGCUGCAGUGGAACGCCGCCAAGCACUUCUGCCAGUGGGGAGACGCGAUUGGCACGAGGCUCAGUGAGCUGUGCCACUCAGACAGCGAGAGCCCUGCCAACAUCCUGGGUUACAUUUAUGACGAGGAGACCAAACGAAGAAUGAGGAAAGAAGAUGAGGAGGAGGACUAUCUGGAUGACAAUACAGUUAAUCCUACAAAAUGCGCCUGCCCGUUUGCUCUGAAGAUGGCUGCGUGCCAGCUGCUGUUGGAGAUCACCACCUUCCUGCGAGAGACCUUUCCCUGCUUACCAAGGCCGCGCACCGAGCCGCUCGUGGACCUGGACAGCUGUCGUCUGCGUCUGGACCCGGAGUUGGGCCGCCAUCGCUACGAGAGGAAGAUCAGCUUCGCGGGCAUCCUGGACGACGAGGACGGGCACGACUCGCUCAACAGCAGCAGCCACACCCUCAAGUCAGACACCACGUGCGACGACAAGAAGACCCAGGAGCCUCAGGGCAGUCCCUUCAGCACCAGUGAACCCAGCAUUGAGCCCGAGGGCCAGAGCACAGGAGGGGUGGAGGACAACUACCACCGCAACAUGUCCUGGCUCCAUAUUAUGAUCCUGCUGUGCAACCAGCAGAGUUUCAUCUGUACCCAUAUCGACUUCUGCCACCCACGCUGCUACCAGCAUCACAGCCGCUCCUGUGCCCGUCUGGUUCGCGCCAUCAAGCUUCUGUACGGGGACACGGUGGACGGCCUGAGGGAAGACCGGGCCUCGUCUGGGACCAUCGGGGGGCGCGCCAAGAAGAACAAAGACUGUUCGGACAAGUCCUGCCUGAGGACCCCCUCCAUGAAGAGAAGACCCACCGACUCCAGUGCAGAGGGCAAGAAGGACACCGGCAUGCUCAAAUACAUCCGCAACCAGGUGAUGAGCCUGUCGCCAGCUCCACUCUCGCUCCUGAUCAAGGCAGCUCCCAUCCUGACAGACGACAUGUAUGGAGACAUCCAGCCUGCAGCCUGGGAGCUCUUGCUCAGUGUGGAUGAACAUAUGGCCGCUGCUGCUGCUGCCAUGUUCCUCCUGUGUGCCGUAAAGGUUCCUGACGCAGUGACCGAAAUGAUGAUGGCUGAGUUCCAGCAUCAGGAAGCCUGCCAGCGCAUCAACUCCAUCCUCAAGUUUUACACACUGUGGCGCUUCCGCUACCAGGUGUGGCCACGCAUGGAGGAAGGCGCCCAGCAGAUCUUUAAGAUCCCUCCACCAAGUAUCAACUUCACCCUGCCGUCUCCCAUCCUGGGCAUGCCCUGUGUCCCCAUGUUCGACCCGCCCUGGGUGCCCCAGAACACCGGCAGCGUCCAAGACCCAAUCAACGAGGACCAGUCUAAAUCCUUCUCGGCAAGAGCGGUGUCGCGUUCCCACCAGCGGGCCGAGCACAUCCUGAAGAACCUGCAGCAGGAAGAGGAGAAGCGGCGUCUGGGCCGCGAGGCCAGCAUCAUCACGGCUAUCCCCGUGGCCCAGGAGGCCUGCUACGAGCCCACCUGCAGCCCCCCGCCUGAGCAGGAGGAGGAAGCAGAAGAAGUGGUGAACCUGGCGUCACGUCGUCUGUCCGUCAGUCCGUCCUGUGCCUCCAGCAACUCGCACAGGAACUACUCCUUCCGCCGGGGCUCCGUGUGGUCCGUCCGCUCGGUGGUCAGCGCUGAGGAUGAAGAGAACACAACAGAACACACCCCUACCCACCACAUGCUGCAGCCGCCACAAGCUGUUUUCCCACCAUGCAUCUGUGCUGCCGUGCUGCCCAUAGUGCACCUCAUGGAGGACGGGGAGGUGCGGGAGGACGGAGUGGCUGUGAGCGCGGUCGCCCAGCAGAUCCUGUGGAACUGCCUGAUUGAAGACCCGGCCCUGGUGCUGCGGCACUUCCUGGAGAAACUCACAGUGAGCAACCGCCAGGACGAGCUGAUGUACAUGCUGAGGAAGCUCCUGCUCAACAUCGGAGAUCUGCCGGCUCAGACCUCUCACAUCCUCUUCAACUACCUGGUCGGCCUGAUCAUGUAUUUUGUGCGGACGCCCUGUGAGUGGGGGAUGGACGCCAUCUCGGCCACGCUGACCUUCCUGUGGGAGGUGGUGGGCUACGUGGAGGGCCUCUUCUUCAAGGACCUCAAACAGACCAUGAAGAAGGAGCAGUGUGAGGUUAAACUGCUGGUCACUGCCUCCAUGCCAGGAACGAAGACGCUGGUGGUGCAUGGACAGAACGAGUGUGACAUCCCAACACAGCUGCCAGUCCAUGAAGACACCCAGUUUGAAGCCCUGCUCAAGGAGUGCCUUGAAUUCUUCAACAUUCCCGAGGCCAGAUCAGCACAUUACUUCCUCAUGGACAAACGCUGGAACCUCAUCCAUUAUUCCAAGACCUAUGUGAGGGACAUCUACCCCUUCCGGAGGUCUGUCUCCCCCCAGCUGAACCUGGUCCACAUGCUGCCUGAGAAGGGACAGGAGCUCAUCCAGAAACAGGUGUUUACCCGCAAACUGGAGGAGGUGGGUCGAGUCCUCUUCCUCAUCUCGCUCACGCAGCACAUGCCGGCCGUGCACAAGCAGUCCCACGUCUCCCUGCUGCAGGAAGACCUGCUCCGCUUGCCCUCCUUCCCGCGAACCGCCAUCGACGCCGAGUUCUCCCUUUUCAAUGAGCCACAAGCUGGUAAGGAGCUGUUUGGCCUGGACACCCUGCACAAGGUGCUGUGGAUCAAGCUGCUGGAGGAGAUGUUUCUGGGCAUGCCCAGCGAGUACCCCUGGGGCGACGAGAUGAUGCUCUUCCUCAACGUCUUCAACGGGGCGCUGCUGCUGCACCCGGAGGACAGCGCCCUCCUCAGGCAGUACACAGCCACAGCCAUCAACACCGCAGUGCACUUCAACCACCUCUUCUCCCUGAGCGGCUACCAGUGGAUCCUGCCAACCAUGCUGCAGGUAUAUGCUGACUAUGAGAGCAACCCUUUACUGCGGCAGGGCAUCGAGUUCUGCUGCCGGCAGUUCUACAUCCUCCACCGUAAACCCUUCAUCCUGCAGCUGUUCGCCAGCGUGGCUCCGCUGCUGGAGUUCACUACCAGCACCAGCACCGGCCUGUCCAAGGGAGUGUCGGCUCAGUGUCUGUUUGACCUGCUGGUCUCUCUGGAGGGGGAGACUCAGGACGCCCUCGAUGCUCUGGAGCUCGUCAAGGCUGAGAAACCCCUGCGCUCUCUUGAUUUCUGUUAUGGCAACGAGGACUUGGCCUUCUCCAUCAGCGAAGCCAUCAAACUGUGUGUCACCGUGGUUGCUUACGCGCCUGAAUCCUUCAGGAGUCUCCAGAUGCUGAUGGUGCUGGAGGCGUUGGUUCCCUGCUUCCUGCAGAAGCUCAAGAGCAACACGGUCACCAUGGAGUCGGCUUCGGCUGCCAGGGACGAGAUCGCCGCCAUCGCCGCCCUGGCCACCUCGCUGCAGGCCCUGCUGUACAGCUCCGAAGCCCUCACAAGGCCCAUGACAGCGCCCCAGAUGUCCCGCUGUGACCAGGGCCAUAAGGGAGUCACCACAGCCAACCACGCCAUGUCGGGAGGGGUCAACACCAGGUCAGGACCACAGCAUGACCACUGUCUCUGCGUGGAUGACAACCUCCACCUGCUGGAGGAGGGCCAGGGCAUGCCGAGGGAGGAGCUGGAUGAGCGCAUCGCCCGGGAGGAGUUUCGCCGGCCGCGGGAGUCGCUCCUCAACAUCUGCACCGAGUUCUACAAACACUGCGGCCCGCGGCUCAAAAUCCUGCAGAACGUCGCCGGCGAGCCGAGGGUCACCGCUCUGGAGCUGCUGGACAUCAAGUCCCACAUGAGGCUGGCAGAGAUCGCCCAUGCCCUGUUGAAGCUGGCACCAUACGACACCCUGACCAUGGAGAGCCGAGGCCUGCGCCGCUACAUCAUGGAGAUGCUGCCCAUCACCGACUGGUCGGCCGAGGCAGUCCGGCCCGCCCUGAUCCUCAUCCUCAAGAGGCUGGACCGCAUGUUCAACAAGAUCCACAAGAUGCCCACGCUCAGGAGACAGGUGGAGUGGGAGGCGGCCAGCAGUCUGAUCGAAGGGAUCUGCCUGACCCUGCAGCGACAGCCAAUCAUCUCUUUCCUGCCGCACCUCCGCUCGCUCAUCAACGUCUGCGUCAACCUGGUGAUGGGGGUGGUGGGUCCCUCCAGUGUGGCGGAUGGGCUGCCGCUGCUCCACCUCAGCCCCUACCUGUCCCCGCCCCUCCCCUUCAGCACAGCUGUGGUCCGGCUGGUCGCCCUGCAGAUCCAGGCCUUGAAAGAUGACUUCCCCCUCAGUCAUGUGAUCUCACCGUUCACCAAUCAGGAGAGACGAGAGGGGAUGCUGCUCAACCUGCUCAUUCCCUUCGUGCUGACUGUGGGGUCUGGGAGCAAAGACAGCCCCCACCUGGAGCAGCCCGAGAUCUUCCUGCUCCUGCAAACGGUCAUCAACAUCCUCCUGCCUCCUCGCAUCAUCUCCACCUCCCGCACCAAGAACUUCAUGCUGGACGCCUCGCCGGCCCACUGCUCCACCCCAGGGGACACGGGCAAAGACCUGCGCAGAGAGGGCCUGGCCGAGUCCACCAGCCAGGCCGCGUAUCUCGCUCUGAAGGUGGUGUUGGUUUGCUUCGAGCGGUCGUUGGGGAACCAGUGGUAUCGCCUGAGCCUGCAGGUGAAGGAGAUGGCUCUGAGGAAGGUGGGGGGCCUGGCUUUCUGGGACUUCAUUGACUUCAUUGUGCGAACCCGCAUCCCCAUCUUCGUCCUGCUGAGACCUUUCAUACAGUGCAAGCUGCUGACUCAGCCGGCGGACUCGCAGGAGGAGAUCACGGCCCGUCACCACAUCGCCGACCAGCUGGAGCGCCGCUUCAUCCCGCGCCCCCUGUGCAAGAGCUCGCUGUUUGCCGAGUUCAACAACGAGCUCAAGAUCCUGAAGGAGGCCGUGCACAGCGGCUCGGCGUACCAGGGCAAGACAUCCAUCAGCACGGUGGGCACGUCCACGUCAGCCUACCGCCUCAGCCUGGCCACCAUGUCGCGCUCUAACACGGGCACCGGCACCGUCUGGGAGCAGGACAGCCAGCCGUCCCGCCAGCCGUCCCAGGACACACUGAGCCGCACCGACGAGGACGACGAAGAGAAUGACUCAAUGAGCAUUCCCAGUGUGGUGAGCGAGCACGAGGCCUUCCUGCCCCGGGUGAUAUCACAGCGCCGCUUCUCCAGCCACGCCACGGGGUCGGCGGCCUCGCAGCCCGAGGCCCCCCGCACCACCAUGCUGCCCAGCCACAGUGAACCCAAUGUGCUAGAUGAAUCCCAGGGCCUUCUGCAGGAGGGUAACCUCUCUAGGGUUGCCAGUGUGCAGAGUGAACCCGGCCAGCAGAACCUCCUGAUCCAGCCUCCGUUAGGAAGAAAGAGAGGCCUGAGACAGCUGCGGCGCCCCCUGUUGUCCAUUCCAAAGAACGAGCCACGUGGUCGAUCUGGAGCGCGCCUCUCCACAACCCGCAGGAGCAUCCAGCCCAAGAACAAACCACUGGGAGACCAAAAGAGGUCGGUGACCUUUACAGAGAGCCAAGGGCAGCAGGGGUCCUCGGGGGCUGCCAAGCCUCCUACGCCGACCACCACGGACCCUCAGCCAGAGUGCAGGAGGGCGAGCCCUGCCCCCUCCAAGUCCCCCACCCUGGAAGUGCCGCCACCCUCUUCCUCUUCAGCCACAAUCACUGCUGACCUGCACAGCCCUGCUAGUACACAGGUCCCUCCAGCCAUAAGCAGCAAAGAGAAAAGGGAGCAGUGGGGCCUCCGCAGCAGCCUCUCCCCUCCCCCCUCCAUCUCCCGCCCCUCCACCCCCACUCCCCCGUCUCGAACCUGCUCUCCCUUGCCCCUCUCCCGAACCUGCUCCCCUCUCCCUUUGUCCCGCACCUCUUCCCCUCUCCCUCCACCGCUCCCUGUGCUGGGGACGGCACCGGCCCCCGGUCCCCCACCGCCACCUCCUCCUCCCCCACCGCCUCUGGCUUCACUACCGGGACCGUCCCGGAUCAGGGAAAGCCCUGGGGACGAGGACACGACGGCCCUCCUGCCGCGCAGCGACACCCUGCUGCAGCUCGGUGAGGACGACGGCACCGAAAACCCCCUGCUCACCCCGCUGCUGACCCCGCCCUCGCCCCGCCGACCGCCCCGUCGGUCGCCUCUGCCCCUCUCACCUGUUGACCUGGACCUGGACGAAUCUCACGUCUGAGAAGGGGGACUGUGUUACUCAGGCGCAGCCAAAAGCAGAGCUGCGUUCGACAAAGCCACAUAAACACACACCACCUGGGCACAUGCAGGGUACAGCAAGGCCAGCGGAUUGUCCUCAUUACAAAACACACAACAUCAGACAACAUUACAGCAGGCAAACAAACAUUCUCAUUGAGAUUUGGUUUUUCUAACACUGUAAAAGUACAUGGCUUGAAAGGGAAUCUGCAAGCAGGAGAGGGAAGUGUAGGGUUUCCUGUUGUCUCCACUUAUCCCUGCCUCGCCAACACCACUUCAACACCAAGCAAGUGGGCUUUACACUUUUUUUUUUUUUGCCAGCUUAUAAAAACUGAAGGUGACACUGUUUACAUGAGCAGAUGUCGGGUACGCAUGUUUCACCUCCUGGUUAACUGGUGUCACAAUCUGCCAACCCAAUAAAACACGUUAGCGGUGA